GCCGAAUUUUUUGAAAUAUUUUACUACUUUAUAGCUAGCACUCAAUUAUUGAAAUAUUGUACUAAGAAAAAUGGCUCACGUCUCGUCGGGAAAUUCCAACCCGGCGGGCGGCGGCGGGGCCACAGCAGUUCUCCCAGCUACCCAGUCCCUCUCUUUGCUUACAGCUCUUUAUUCACCAAACCGAAAUUUACUCUGUAAGUGCUAGUACCUAGAAGCCAUGAUUUCCCGAACCCUUCUCGUGCUGCUCUGCUCCACCUUGCAUUCAAUUGCGGCCUCCUUGCCGCCCGACGGCGCGUACCCAGUCCCACCCAUCAUCGGCGGCCUACGUCUUAGCUCCGGUGGAAAGAUCAUCGACAUCACCCACAGGUACGUGGAGAAGAUGCCGGCUUACGGGGCGGAGGAAGGAAUGGGGCAGGUGGUACGGCUGGUUGCCAGCUUGAAGAACGGCUCCAACGCCAACUGGUCGGAGUUCAAGAUGUCGGUCCACUCCGGGACGCAUCUGGACUCGCCGGCCCAUUUCUACGACGAAUACUUCGACGCUGGGUUCGAUGUCGACACUCUUGACUUGGAAGUUCUCAAUGGUAGCCCAGCCUUGUUGGUUGAUGUUCCCAGGGACAGUAACAUUACUGCUAAAGUUAUGAAGUCAUUGCAAAUCCCAAAAGGAACUAGGCGUGUGUUGUUCAGGACUCUAAAUACCGAUAGGCAUUUGAUGUUCAAGGAGUUCGAUUCAAGCUUUGUCGGGUUCAUGGCCGAUGGGGCACAGUGGCUUGUGGACAACACGGACAUCAAACUUGUUGGAGUUGAUUACUUAUCUGCUGCUGCCUUUGUCAACGGUCGCUCAGCUCAUCUAGCUUUCCUAAAGAGCAGGGAAAUCAUUCUCGUGGAAGCUUUGAAGCUUGACAACGUUGAAGCUGGACUGUACAAUGUUCAUUGCUUGCCCUUGAGGCUGGUUGGAGCUGAGGGAUCGCCAGCAAGAUGCAUUCUCAUCAAAUAAUCAUCUGUGUAAAGCUUUAUGCCCUGCUGUAAUUUGAAGUAAUGGCUACUGGGAAUAUUUCUAGUCAUUGCUUGCCUAUGAGGCUAUGACCAUGUUAUCUAUCUACAAACGGCCAAUCCUCGAUGUUUAUUAUUAUGUGAUUUUCGUCCACGACUGUAAUGUGACCAGAUUUUGCUGCACUACUCACGAAUGAAUAAGAUUGUCGCGGCAAGGGCCACCUAUGAUUACCGUAUUCAAGUUGAUGCACUUUGCUGGAGGCUUACAGCUAGUAAUUGCAUUUCUUUUAUUGGAAUUCACAUUUCUUUUAGUAACCAUGCUUCAAAAUGGUAAUAAGUAGAUGCUGCAGACGAAAC